AUGGAGACUCCCUCGGGCCCUCCCAAGUCGCGAAAGCACACUAGAGUCUUGACAGCCUGUGAAGCUUGCCGCUUGUCCAAAACGCGUUGUGACAGCAGUCGUCCCUGCUGUGGUAAAUGCCUCCGCCGGGGGGUUGCCUGCAUAUAUCCUGAAUCUGAUCCACUGUCAAUACUUCAGGAAUGGGGCUCCAAGAUCCUUGAAUCAGUCGAACGUCAGGAACACUUACUAGCAGAGACACUCGGGGCCGCCAGUCCCUCAAAUAAUCUGCCUGUUCCAGUUCAGCAACCGCAGUCGGUUUCCAACUUCAUUCAGCCUUCAGUCGAGCCGCAAGAUACGGAGCUGAUUUCACGUAAUGAUACGCUGAGAACUCCAAUCACUGGUUCAGAUAUGAUCUUGAGCUGGCCCAUUUUCCCCCAGGAUAGACCAGUCUCAACAUUUCCUCCUGCUGCAUUUGAGGAAAAGCCCGAUCGCUUUCCCACCGUCAUUCCCAGCUUUGAACCGCGAAGAAUACUAGAGCUACGGGAAAUUUUUAUGACCAAGAUUCUAGCCAAGAACCCGAUUAUCGAUCCAGAGCAGUUGGAGACAUAUAUAGCGCGCGUGCUAGAGACAGGUAUUGACUGGUCUGCUUCUUCAUGUCUCGUGCUACUUGUCCUUGCACUGGCAGCUAUUUGGGGCACCUACCCAGAGGAUGAAACAAGAGAGGUCACAUGCCCGGAUCCUAGCUAUGGAGCUUCUCAGACGGUGACCUACGUGACGGUAGCAGUGCCUGAGCACCGGAUGAAAGAAUCCCUCGGUUACCUGGCCAUGGCCAGAAAACGAAUAUCCGCUGCCUAUCUUGAUAACACUCUUCUGGGAGUCCAAUGUCUCUGCUUGUUCGGAUUCUGGUAUCAGUAUAACAUCGAGCCGAUUCCGGGUUGGAAAAUGUUUCGCACGGCAUCGAUGCUGUGGCAGACAUAUAACAUGAAACACCGGAGUGGAAAUGGGGAAAGGUCUGCGCAAGAGGAGAGCCUGGAACAACGGCUCUACUGGACGUGCCUCAAAUCCGAAUGUGAGGUUCGAUAUGAGCUCUGCGAGCUACCACCAUCCGAUCUCUCGCUUUCAGACUUUCCAUUUGCACUGCCGAGCUUUUCUGUCUACGACUCACCAUAUAGUGGUAGUCCUGAUAACAAUGCUCACAGCCCGUCCGCUCCGGCCUUAGACUCGACUCCAUACUACUACUAUCUCGCAGAGAUAUCCAUGCGGAGACUGCUCAAUCGCGUGCGAAAUACUGUUCGGAUCCUCUCGCCAAGUCUCAGUAUUCCCGCUAUCAAACAGUUGUCUGGUACACUUUGCCAGCUCGAAGAUCAGCUGCAUCAAUGGGUGAUAUGUCUACCUCCCGCCCUCCGCUUUAAUAUGCCUCUUGAAUCCCGCCCACCACCGAAAGAACCCGAGCUCGUGAAGCUCGUCCGAGAACGCUACGUUGAAGUCCGCGAGCUUCUCUGCCGCGCAUACUUAUACCUCUGUAUUCACACCUCGUUAGACAGGGAGCUUGCAGCAUUGUAUGGCACCAAAGCAACUGAGUCACUGCUUCUCGCCGUAUACCGCAUUCAGCACGAAGUGCCCUUUUUCCGACACCCGGGAUCAUGGGGUGCAUGCAGAGUGCGCUUCAAUCACGCAUUAUGCCUCAUAGCUGCCUUCAGGGCAAAGACCGAUGAGAUCCCUUCCGCUGAAUAUGUCAGUCUACCCGUUAACUGGGCCUCGUAUGUCCGGGUAGUAAUCGAGCGUUUAAAAAUAUGGGGCCAGGAAGGAGGUGGUAUCAAAGAGCUGAGUUUUCUGCUGGAGUGGCUGAUGCAUGGGAUUGUAUAG